CUGAUGACAAGCCGCAGAAUGAUAAUCUCAUAAGAGAUUUAAAACUAGGGGCUAAUUUGCCUACAUUCGUCCUAUCACAAAACGGAUCGGUGAUUUGUUAACACGGGAGUCAUUGCGCAUGACACGAGCUGGCAGUAGAGGUUUCUCCAGUCGGAGUUCUGGCACCUGCGCUUCAGAGUGUUCUGCGCAGAACAGACUCGUACAGCAGUAGAACACCGGCCUAUCUUAGUAACCUCGGGCUGUGUCGGGCAGUUUCUUAUUCUGAUACACAGUUACUUGUACAGAGGCGACAUUUUGGUGUGGGACAGUCCAUAACGUGCGCAGGACAACAACCCCGUGCACAGGUGUUGUCAAAGGAUUUUUUUAAUCGGACAACAAGUUUUCGAUUUUAAAAACCAGCAGGUGCCGGACGCGAAGAGACACGUUCCAGGGAGAUCACCAUGUUCUCCCAGUCGCAGAGCGGCAACACGACAGCCUUCCUGAUCGAGAACAUUCUGUUCGACAAGCACAAGGACUGUCCUCGGCACGGCGAGUUGGUGGUGCCGCAGCCCACACGGAACUCCCUGGUGGAGGUUGGUUUCCCCGGCGUGCUGGCCCCGGCACCCUCCGCCUUCCUGCCGCACGGCUUUCACCCCUACCUCCACAAGCCGGGCCUGCACUCCCACUAUCUCCUACACAGCCAUGGAAUCCCGAUGUCCCCGCUGUACCAUAACGGCGGGUUCCCGGGAAAGCCGAUCCGGCGGCGGAAGGCCCGGACGGUGUUCUCGGACUCUCAGCUGAACGGUCUGGAGAAGCGGUUCGAGAGUCAGAAGUACCUGUCCACACCGGAGAGAAUGGACCUCGCCGCCGCGCUCAAUCUUACAGAAACACAGGUGAAGACGUGGUUUCAAAACAGACGUAUGAAGCACAAGAAGCUCCAGAGGAAGAGAGAAAGCGACAGACCGGCGUCGGCCUCUUCGGCAGACGACGUGGCCAGACCGGAGCACCGAGCGACGAUCCACGACAAACUAGACAUCUGUGCGAGUCCCGAAGCCGCCUCAGAUACGGAGGACUGAAAUGGUACCAUUCUGAAGGUCCAAUAUUGUUAAAGAUUGAUUUAAGCUGGGGAAAUUAUUUCGCAUGGCCAUUCUUCUUAUCUACCUAAGAUUUAUCAAAGAUGUAUGUCGUA